AAGCCAUUUCCGGUGAGAAUAUCUUCGUUUAGGGUGUGUAAGUGUGCGUAGUUUUUUAAUAGCAUUGGUUUGUGCGAAUAGUCAUUAGUAGAAAUUCUAGGGGUUAGCAUCUUUAUUAAAAAUUGGUCUGUAUUUAAUCAGUAAAAAAAAAAUAAUCUCACACCAUUAAAAACACUAAUAACGUAAUAAUGACUAUAAAUCAUAAAUUCUGCUGAUCUUCUAGCAUUCUUCAAAUUAGUUUGGGACACUGUAAUAAUGUCUGAUUUGGCAAUUAGGUUUGUGCAUUUGUGUAUUUUUCUUCUGUUUGUAUUGAAGAUGAAGUAUUUGUAAUAUACCAGAAAAGAGUUCGGACAAUGCUAUCAACGCAACAAUGUCAACGGGACCGGAAACCUCAUUCUCUGAUGGUGGUACCGUUGUUGAGGACACAAUUCUUGACACAUGUAUUGAAGGGGAUGUAGUUGGCAGCGAAGCAAGGGGACAGUUCAAAAUGGUGGUUAUUGAUUCUUCCCGAGGUUAUGGACAUAUAAUGGUUGAAGAGGUAAUGACGAUAAAAUUCGGUACUCCAGGAGAAGCAAGGGAAUUUUAUGCUGCUUAUAGUAGAGUAAAAGGUUUUACUAUUCGGAAGAGUAAGAGUAAAAAUGCCAAAGGAGAAGUGGUUAGAUAUAAUUUUGCAUGCAGCAGGGAGGGGUUCAGGCACAGGAAGUGGUUGGAGAAGUCGGAUAGGAAGUUGGAGCACAAGCCUGUGACUAUGUGCGGAUAUCUAGCAGAGAUGAGGAUCAAGUAGAAUACUAGUAAUGGGAAGUGGUGCGUUGGAAGAUUUGUUGACAAUCACAAUCAUGCUUUACUCUCCGAGAGAAUCGUUGGACAUUUGCCAGCUCACAAGAGUGUGUUGGAUGUUGAAAUGCACGGAUGAACAUGUUGAGGCAAGUUGGAAUAAGCAUCCUUAAGAUACACCAAUUGUUUGCCAGGUUGGGGGAUAUAAUCUAGUUAAAUUUACGAAGCAAGAUAUGCACAACGAGAUUCGAAAGCAAUGUACGUUGCAGAAUGGGAAUGUGAAUGAUGCCCUUAAGUUUUUCCAGCAAGCUACUAGGGAUAACGAAAGGCUGUUUUGGAGAUGUAGGGGGACCGAAUAUGCGACCUAAUAUGGAGCGACGGGCAUAGCCAAGAAGAUUAUGAAGUUUUUGGGGAUGUGUUGGCCUUUGAUGCGACAUAUGACAAGAACAAAUACAAUCUCCUGGUGAUUAUUUCGUCAAGAGUGAAUCACCAUAAUCAAACAUGUGUCUUCAAAACGAGAUGGUAUCUUAUAAGUCGCAGGAUUCAUACAAAUGGGUUUUGAGCAACUUCCUUGAUUGUGUAGGGGCAAGGCCCCAAAGGCAGUUAUCACUUAUGGGAUCUUGCGGCAACUGGCUAUUAUGCAAGUCUUUCUGGAUGCCCAUCAUAGACUAUGUGCCUGGCAUCUUUUAAGGGCACAAAAAAUUAUUUACCAAGGGCAAGUGUUGUUACGGAUAUAGAAGAUGUUGCUUCGUAGUAUCUUAACAGAGUAGGUGCUUUCGUCGAUCAAAGCAAGCGUCUUGCCAAAGUGGCCUGUCUCAAGGAAGAAGACUUCAAGGCUUUCAUAGACAACAUGUUAAGGGACACUGCCAUGUUGGAGUUGAGGAAUGGGUUGCGAUUGGGAUCGGGCACUGAAUGUUUUGCACAAGGUACGACUUUGGGGCGUUUAAAUGAUCCUAUACGCAUUCGCACGAAAGGAACUGGGCAUUCAAACGAUGCCCGCAGUUUGAAAGGUCCAAAGCGGAGAUAGUGCAGUAGAUGCGGGACUUUAGAUCAUCGACGAAUACAAUGCCCUAAUUUGAUAUCAUCGAGAAGCUCUUUUUUUUGAGAAUUUCGCCAGAGUUGGCAGGAUUGUAACACAAACCCAGGUGAGGCCAUAGUAAAAUGUACAUAAAUUUUUCAUUUCGGGAUAUGUUUUAGGUUUCAACGGACAGAGUCAUUUCUUUUGGUAGGCAAUAUAGUGUUGGGUCGGGAAUAUUGCACUAUAAGUUAGUUUCAAUAGACACUAAAUUCACAUUUAUAAAUUUGGGGAUAAUAUGAAAAAUGUUGCUGCUUGUGUAAUGGUUGCUUGUGAUUUAGCCAUUGAGGCUCUGGAUUUGCAAGUGGCAUGGGUUGACACUACUUAGGUAGCAAAAUCCUCUGCAAUGGCCAAUUGGCAUGCAACAAGUAAUGUAAAAUUUUCUUUCUUUUACACCAUUUGUGCUUAA